AUGUUCGUUAUCAAGCGAGCGUUUCGCAUCGACUCUUCCCGCUGUUUUUCGACGUUUGUCGAUUUCGGGGAUGUUUUGAAAUGAGUUGUUUUGUUGAAGAAAGUACACGUCGAGUGCGGAUGUCGUGAUUUGCGGCGGAGGAAUUUCCGGCGCUUCACUCGCCUAUCAUUUGGCCAAGCGCGGCAAGAAAGUCUGUCUUUUCGAGAAAGAAGCGUUCGUUUUUCCUUCUUUUUUCUUAGAUCCAACUAUUGUCGAAGAGGUUUCGAAAUCUAUAGUUUUUUUCUUGUAUAUAGUCUGUUCGGAUUUUGAAUGUCAAGUGCAAUGAAAUUACUCGAAAGUACUCUUUGCAUGGCUCGCUCUCUGAUUGGUUUAUCGCACAUUAAGGGGCGGAGCUUGAGCGGCGAUUUGACAUUCAGAUUAUGAAAAGACUAAAAAGCCAGAAGAAUUUUUCAAACUUUCGGUCUAGCGCUUUAAAAAAUUUUUCGAAGCUCACAACAGAGCUGAAAAUCCUCUAUUCACUUCAAGAAGUUUUUUUGUAGAUUAUCUUUUUAAAAAUAAAUAAUAAAUUUUUAUUUAUUUAAUUUUUCAAAGAGGUAAUGAGACGAGGAAAACUGGUAGCGCAAUAAUUACAUCGAAACUUCAAUUCCAAUCGCUAGUGCUAGUUUUUCUUAUUAACUUGUUCCUUACAGUGUGGGAUGUGGCGGAGCGACGAGUUUGAGCGCGGGACUCGUGUCGGCGCCGAUCUUUUGGCAAGACGCCAGCAUGCAGGCGAUCGCCGAGGAGUCCCACAAGCUCUAUGCGGCCUUGGCUGAGGAGAAUAAAUUCCGUGAGUUCCCAGAAACUGUAUUUCAACUAGAGAAGGAUCUUACUAGUUAGUUGAAAUAAUCGCAGCCAUACUCUCGAAAGUAUCCCCUCUAUCAUUUUCUUUUACUGAGAAAUGAACCUGAAAGCUUUAAUUUUCCUCUUCCUCGAAAAAAUUUUAAAGCGUACCCUAGGGUAGUCUCUCUAAUUUGAACUUCAUGUAUUCUCUGCUCAAGCUGAUGAGAGUUAACCAGAUGUGCUUCUCAGCGGGUACGCCUGUAGUAAGUCUGUAUAAGCACAACAGGUAGAACUUUUGGCGUUGUAUACAACAAUUGAGUGCCCUUUCUAGUAUACUUGGAUCACAGAAUUUCGAAAUAAACAAAUAAGCUGCGUCACCAAUUAUUUCUUAGAGACUGAAAUGGCCUCAAAAACGGGAUUGAAUACGAGUCCAUCUUUUGAGAUAAAUAGCCAGCAUGAUAGCUCCAUUUGGUUUCGAACAAACAUUUUUUAUUUUAUUUUUUAGAAGAAGAAGCAUCAUUUUUCAAAUAGAAGUUUGAACUUUUUAGGGUAUGUGAAAUGCGGCCGAGCCUACCUGGCGUCGUCAAUGUCGUCAGAGAUGUGCCUCCGUCGAAUGUACAGCCGAGGUUUUGUCAACGUCAAACGGUUCCCUGUUUCGAAAGGAACUUUUAGGGAUUAUCCACAAUGAUAACGUGGAGCUGAUCGACUGCCAAAGCGAGAUGCUCGCCAGGUGGCCUUUCUUGCAGACCGAAGAUGUUCAGGUAGAAAAAUAUCUAGGUUUCAAGAAGAUUGAGAAGUUAUUCCAGCUGGCUCUUCUUUCUCCUGAAGACGUGGCUUUGGACCCGGUGGCGUUGAGCCAAGAACUUGUGAGGCACGCUCAGGAAAAUGGUGAGAAAAUCCCGAUAGUUUGAACAAAGUUAUGACGUGUUUUUUGAAUUAAUAAAACUUUGAGGCCAAUUUAAGGGUUUCUGUUGACGGUAUUCAUCGAAGCUUAUUACAUAAAGAAAAUAGAUUAUUUUUGAAAAAAAAAAUGAUUAGUUGGCAGCAAGUUUUAUAAUUUAUUCCUUAAGGAAGUAAUUUCAUGAAAGCUUUUAUACUCCAUUCAGAGCUAGUCCCUCACAACAAUACACAUUUCACUGUUUUUAACAAUAAACUCUUUACUUUUUCCGUGUUUCAAAAAUAGGUGCAUUCUAAUUUUUUUGAGAAAAAUUGAUUUCAGUUGUUAGCUCAAAGCAACGACUAGUCAACUUCAUACAUGCAAGAGAGCUCAGAGCUUUAACUUUUACCUUUUGAUAAGCAGUUGGAAUUUAAAAAAAUUUAAUUUAGGCGUAGGAAAUUUUAAUUUUCUCAAACUUUAGGCUGGCGGUUUCAAAUUAUCAUUCCUAUAACUUUUUUCAUUUCGGACCAAUAUUUUAUCACACUCAGGAGCCCAAGUUUUCGAAAACUGCAAAGUGGAAGAAGUUAUGUUGGGCGAUGAGAAGCAAGUUUACGCUGUGAAAACCUGCCAAGGACUCGUCGAAACGCCGGUUUUUGUCGACGCGGCCGGAAUUGUUCGUUUUCCCAUUUUAUUUUUGAUAUUUAAAAAAAGGAGAUUCAUUCGCAUCAUUCAAUUUCAAGGUUUUGUCACAUCCAUUUUCUUCAAAAAGCUUUCUAAAUGUUUCGAAGUUUGAAUUUCAGGCGUUGUUUUUCUAUAUUGCAGUAUUUCGAAAAAGAUUAAAAAACUAUAGGUAAAAAUUGAUGAAGGGCAAACUUAAAGAUCCUACAGUAAAUUUUAUUGCUUGUUCCGUUUUUUUUUCAUAGUCUGUGUACAAAUCUUGCUGGUGUGCUUGAAGACAUAAAAAUAACGCGGAAAAAGACUUUUCGUUUUGAAGCCUUUCCUUACCAGGGAACGUUUUUUACCCCCCGGUUGAACUUUUACUGAAACUUUGCUGAAGUGUACUUUAGGACCCCCUGAUUGCAGAUCAAGUAAAAAAUUUCUCGCAAUAGAUCUUGUUUCCGAUUUAUGGAGCUUCAAAGUGUGCAAAAUACGCAAUUUAGCCUAAAAAAGCGCUAUUUCGGGUUUUUGAAGUGUCCUAACUCGAAAACGAGAUCUAUUGCGAGAAAUUUUCUCUCUGUUCUGGAAUCAAGGGGUCCUAAAGUACACUUCAGCAAAGUUUCAGCAAAAGUUCAACCGGGGGGUUAAAAAAAUUCCUUAGUUAGAAUUUAUCGAUGCUCCUUUAAUCCCCUAUUGGAGAUUUUUGCACAAAUCGAUUUUUCAUUUUCAAAUUAUAUCCCACCAAUGGUUUCCAUACUGAAAUGAAGAUCUGAUCAUUUUUCAGUGGUCUGGAACUGUUCUGGUGAAGCCACUGCUCCAGCGACACAUUCAAACGGCCACACAUCCCUGUACUUACGCCUACAUCCACACUUCGAAGCUGCCGACUGGCGUCGUCGGAGACUUCACGCCGAGUAGGAGAAGACGUCAAGGAUGUCCGGAAACGGGAGAAUUUGCAGUAUUCAACGACCUGGAAGGCAACGUGAUGUUCCGAUGCACCUCCUUCAAGACUCUCUGCGCCGGAUUCGCCGAGGAGGGAGUCAGGCCGUUGGCUCGGCACACGGUCAGCAACGACCACUGGAACCGGCCCGAGCCUGAUUGGGACAAGUUCGGUCCGUUUUGAACUGAAAUGUCUAUUGUUUGCUCGCAGCCAGGAUUUUACGCCUCAGGACGUUUUUUGCAUUACUUUUUUGGCGCUCGGAAAAAAUGAUAGACUUUUUGUUCAGAGUCCCCUCAAUUAUUUCCAUAGUUAACAGUAAAAGUUUGAAAAAAUUUUUUUAGCUGAAAUUCACAAUUUUUUUAACUAGAAUGUCACUAUGAAAACUCCUAUUGAAGUAUUGAAGCUGAUAUAGCUCUGGAAAAAUGUGCUGAAAAAUUAGUUUAUUAUUUUCAUUAUUGAAGAAAAUAAAUUUUUUUUCUACCUUUAUGGCAGUCCUAGAACGAGAUCUGAAGCGAUGUCUAUAGGCUCAUAACUACGAAGCGGUAACUCAAUUGUUAGAGAAGAGAUUUUAUGCUUUAUAGUAUGUUUUACGUUGAAAAAUAAUAAAGAUUUCAGGGAAGAACCUAGAAAACAGCUUGCAUCGUUUGCCGAUGCUCGGCGAAAUCGGACAUGGCGAUUUGAUUUGCGGCAUGGAAUCCUAUACGCCGGAUAAAAUACCGACUAUUGGAGAGAGUAGUCAGGUUUUUCUUUCUAUUUUUCUUAUCCAAUUAAUUAAUUUAGGCAAAAGGGUACUUUUGUGAUGUGCGGAAUGAACGGCCAAGGACUCGCCCUGGCCGGUGGCUUGGCUAAAGUUCUGACGGAGCUCAUUUGCGAUGGUGAUUUUCGAGUUUUUACUCAGUUUUUGGGUUUUUUUUUUCACAAAAUAAAGCUGAAUUUCAGUCAAAGUAAAAUUAUAGUGUUUGAAAAAAAAAAUGAAACGAAGCUCUCCAAAAAAAAAAUUUUCAAGAUAAGUUUUUCUAUGCGGCUUCAAAAAAAAUGCUAAUUUUGGCAAGGCCGAAAAAAAAAAUGAAACUGACCCAUAAACACAUCAUGGAUUCUCUAUUCACAGAACUUCACCCCAUAAAUAAGAAAAAUCUCCAAUUUCUACUGUUCUCUAGGCAUUUUUCAGCACAUUUUCUAGCAAAUCUGUGUAGGAUAUCUACAUGAAGUGACUUGCAAAGUUUUGAAAACUCUCGGAAAAUUGUUCAGGGAGAGCGGAGACGAUUGACGUUUCUCGUGUGGACGUCGCCCGCUUCGUCGAACUCCACGCCAACAGCCAAUAUCUAAUGGAACGCGUCCCAGAAAUCGCCGGUUUGGCUGCGAGUUGAUGCGCAGUGAAAUAUUUUUUGCUUCCAGCUGCCACCUACCGUAAUCUUUACCAUUCGUAUCAGUGCCACACGGCCAGAAACCUCCGGAUGGCGCCAAUCUAUCAUCAACUUCGUGACGCCGGCGCCGUUUUCGGAGAAAUCAUGGGGUUUGAACUCGGACUAAUCCUAUUUUUGCAUCAUGUUGUUACUAGAAAGACUUCGGGAAAAAAACAGUAGUUUUUCGGAGAAAAAUCUAAAAAUCGAAAAUUUUCAAAAAAUAAAUAAAUCAAACUCUCCUUUAAUUUUGGAAAUCAAUUUUUUCAAGUGAAUAGGCUUUUAAAAGGAAAGUUUUCACUUUUGAUCGUUUUGUUUGAAAAGACGGUUUGUGUCUCAAAGGAAAAUUGAAAUCUCUGGUCAAAGUUAGACAGUUUUUCGAAAGUUCGGGAAAUAUCGUUCAAUAAACUGAAAAAAUAUGAAUUUUGAAUGAAUAGGUUUUGAUCGGUACUAGUAGGUACUCUAUAUUUGUGGUUUCUUCAAGAUACGAACGGCCCCUUUGGUUUGAAAAGAACAGCAAACCGGAAAGGAACGCUCUUAUGCAAGGACAAGACACGCUGAUCGGAAAACCCAUAUGGUUCGACAGGUGAGCAGAUCUGCCGAAAGUUCCUAACUCGUGGAAAAUUGAAGAGUUGCCGCGGAGUACGAAGCUUGUCGUGAACGCGUCGGCCUCAUUGACAUGAGCAGCUUCGCCAAAUUUGACAUCACGGUUUCUCGCCAACUUAUUUGAAUCACCAAUUGAUUCGUCGAUUGAAGGGCCCCGAUUCGGUAAAGUUCCUGCAGUACUUGUGUUCGGCGAACGUCGACCAGCCGAUCGGAACGACCGUCUACACGGGAAUGCAGCAUGAAAACGGCGGAUACGUGACCGACUGCACGCUGAGUCGCUUGAGCGAGGACAGGUUCGUUUUGGAGGAAGAGCUGGAGAAAAUAGUCCACGCUGUUUUUCCCCUUUUUUUGCAAUCUUUCGAUAAAGUUCUUCGAAGGUGACAAAAAAACGCGGAGCUACUACUAUUUUUCUCAAAUCUGUUGCAUUUUGUAUCAUAAACUAGCUUUAAGCAAUCAGCGGUUUUUUUUCAGGCCUUUUCGUCUUCAAGUUUUUUUUUCGACCUAUUCUUUUACAAAACUGGUAAGAAACUAAACGCUGAGCCACGACUUUUUUUUCUCAAGGUCUCAUUUGUUUAGUAUGAUAAACUAGCCUCAAAAAUAACCGGGGCUAUUUUUUUAGCCUUUUGUUGAAUUCGAAAAUGUUUGUUUUGGCAAAACUUAUUAUAUUCUGUUCAGAUUUUGAAUUACAAGUCUUUGCUCAAGCUCCGCCCUAAUAGCGCAAUAAAUCAAUGAGAGAGCGAGCCAUCCACAGAGCCUUUUCAAAUAGUUCCAUUCUGCUUGACAUUCAAAGUCUGAACAGGCUAUAGAGAGCGACAAAAAUAUGUGGAAAUUUGACAAAUCUUCUCAAGCCUUUGUCAUUUUAUCAUCAUCAUCAUUUAAGUUGUUUCAGCUUCUUCAUGGUGGCCCCUACAAUCCAGCAAGAACGAUGCAUGACUUGGAUGAAGAAGUGGGCGGCAAAAAUGGAAGUGAAUGUCCAUGUUCAGGUAUUUUUCUCGUGUGCCUUUUGAGAGAUUUCAGAAUGAAAAAGCUUCUUUUCAGUUUUCUGGAAAAAGGCUGGAACCUUUUUAUAUGUACGAAAUAGAUCCUAAACGGGACUGCUUGCAAAACACUUCAGUUUUUGAGAAAGAAGUGCUAAAAAUCUCAAAAUGAUCUAUUUUUAGCCUUGGAUCAAUUUUUUUGACUUUGAAGCGUCCUUUACAAAAACUUGGUAGGUUCAACCACUUAAAAUAACCAACUCCUACACCAAAGAACCUUUUGCUAAUUUUCUGAAAAUUUUUACUCUUCCAGAUACAUUUAUUGUGAAUUUCUUCACUCAAAAUUAUUCAUUUUAGUAUUCUACUCGAAAGAAAAGCCAUAGCUUGUUUAGAUUUUGAAUGGAAAGUACAAUGAAAUAAUUUGAGAACGCUCUGUGGAUGGCUCGCUCUCUGAUUGGUUCAAAGCGCAGUUAGGGGCGGAGCUUGAGCGAGGACUUGACAAUCAAAAUCUGAACAGACUAAAAAGAGAAAGAAAAUAAGAAUUUCCUAUUUGAAGGACGUAACCGGCGCCUACACGGCGCUGGACAUAAUCGGCCCCUCGUCGAGGUAUCUGAUGGCUGACGUCACCGGCGUGUCGAUGAGUUCCACCGAGUUUCCGACGUUCCGUUGUCAGGUUUUGCGUGUGAUUAUUGAUAUCAAUUUGCAUGGUGUGUUGUUUUAAUGUGCUUGAAUCAGUUGUCGUUUUGAUUCGAUUUGAUAGUUCAUUCAUCGCCGUUUUGCGAAGGAAACGCAUUCGACUGAAAUAACUGUAUCUCAUGAUUAAUGCGGUCUUGAAUCAUUCGACCCCUUUCUUUUGAGGUGGCUCUAUCAAAAAAUUGAUAUCAAGUGGCUAAUUCGAAAAAAAUGUCGCAAAAAUUGAAAACGCAAGAGAAAUGUGGCUGAUGCCAAAAAGACAUUCAGAGAUUUUUUUGGUGAAAAAAAUAUAAUUUAAAAAGAAGCAAAAUGUAAUUUUUUUCGAUCGGUUUUUGAAAAAAAUCACAAAAAGCCGUUUUAGAAGAAAAAAUGCUGAUUUUUACAAGUUAUUAGCGUUUUUUAAUCGUUUUUCUCAAAGCCAUCGGUGAAUAUAGUUCGAAAUCAAAUCAAAUGCGACAAAUUCAAAGAAGUGUCAAUAAGAAUCCUUCCCUUCAGGAGAUAAACAUAGGAAUGGCUACGGGAAUCCGCGCAAUCAGUGUGACUCAUUGCGGUGAACUCGGAUGGGUCAUUUAUAUUCCCAACGAGGUUCUUUUUCUUCGAAAUGUGCAAAGUCAAUUUUUGAAUGUUCAGAUGGCUCAAAAUGUGUACGAAAAAGUCGUCGCCGCGGGCAAAGAAUACAGUCUUCUGCACGCUGGCUACUACACGCUCAGACAGCUUCGUAUCGAGAAAUUCUACGUCUACUGGGGCCAAGACAUCAACGCCACCGUGACGCCUGUAGAGUGCGGGCGCGCCUUCCGCGUCGAUUUCAAGGUUUUUUUUUCGGUUUUUAAACAGAAAGAUCGGUAUCUUUAAGGUGUAAGCUUUUGCAUUAUACUCUUUUGAGUUAUUUUCAUUGUUUUACGAUGUUUUUGGUGUCGAAAGGUAUCAAAAAACUCAAAAAACGUAUGUUUUUGAGAAAAAAUAAAAUAAAAACACAGGCUCAUUGUUGAAUAUUAAUCAUCCACGAAUACACAACAAAGUCCGUAUCUAAUUUAAGUCUAUUGUGUUGAUUUUUUCUAACAAAGAGUUGGAAACUUGUUUACAAUUUUGGUUCACAAUUGAAAUUUUUCCUUUGAAUGAUCUAGUGGAGAAUAAUGGUGCGCGUACCGCAACAGGUUGUGUGCCUGUCUGCGGUCUAUAGGGUCACAAGUUCGAUUCCCGUCUCGACCCAACCAAGGGGUUUAAGGAAUGUUGGUAGUGGGGAACCACGACUUCAAAAUCCCCAGCUGUCACACACAAAGACGGAUAUGUCACUAGAGCCAGUCCACUGAUAUCAGGAUAGGACCUCGGCUAAUCGACUUGGGGGGCCGAUGCCGCUUAAGCGGUAUAAAGGCGUAGGAAGAAGAAGAAGAAGAUCUAGUGGAGAAUAAUGAGUAGUUCGAAAGUUGUUUGAAUCCAAAUCUGUGAUUUUUUUUUCACUCUGUCUCUGAAAUAAGAAGACUUUUUUAGAAAGACUUCAUCGGCAAGAAGGCAUUGGAGACGCAACUGGAACGCGGAGUUUCGAAAAGAUUCGUUCAGAUUCUCAUCGACAAACACGACAAGGAGACCGAUCCGUGGCCUCAGGGCGGCGAGACAUUGUACAGGUGAGUGGGAGGUUUUCUUGAUCUUCGGAAGACGUUCCAUUCCCAGAGACGGCCGGGCUGUUGGCUUGACAACCUCUGCGGCCUAUGGCUUCACCUUGGGUUCUCAGGUUUGUAUUUUUAAUCAGCUCCAUUCCCUCUAGAAGCAUCGAAAAUGAGAGCCCAUCUUUGGAGUUCUAAUUUUCUCUCGGAAAGUCUCAUUCGACAAAAAUCGCAAGAAAAAGUACUGAAGUUUUCAGUUCAGAAUUAUGAUACUAUAAUCUCAGAGAAAACUUUCAAACUUUUAUUUUUGGUCAAUUUGAGGAAUCUGAAUUCUGAUUUCGCGUAGAGCUACUUGAAUAUUUAGGCCGCAGUUUAUUGAAAUUCCAAUAACAGAUUAUUUUCCAGUUUUUUUUUUGAUCGAGUUUACUUUGGGUUCAUAGUAUGUUUGAACGUUUUUGAUCAAUUUUUAAAGGGUUAUUUCACAACAUCCAACAAUUCCGCCUCCUUCAAACAGCCCGGCAUUCGUUUCUGAAUAAUUUAUUUUUGGAUUAAUUUGAAGAAUGAAUUUUGAUACCGUUCUUGUUCAGAUGACAUUCAAUUCUAGAAUGCGUGAAGUUUGAAAUGAAUCUUUAUUAUUUCUCAAGUUUUUAGACUUACUACAUCAAUAAUUUUCGUUUUUUUUUUCGCGAGUUUUUCUUCUGAAUGAGCGCUUCAGGUGUGCAUCGCCUACGUCGAGAACAAGGAGUUCGGCGUGUCCAACGACUACAUCAACCGCGGGACCUACGAAGUAGACAUUGCCGGAAAGCGGUUCUCCGUUCGCGUCAACCUGCAUUCGCCGUCUCUUCCCAUGAUUUCCUCAGAACACCCCCUUCAUUACCGACCAACUCAAUGA